ACACGCAAGACACACGCACCGGGAAGGAGGAUAGAUGGACAACGGAAAGAGGCAUCAUGUCCAGCAGCUGCUUGCUGAGCUGUAGUAAGAGGAGGUGUUCCACUCGCAGCUCCACAUCCGUUUCAGUCCUCUAAGCGCCUCCCAUUGCUCACCCCUCCACCCACCUUGAGCGCUGCCUGGUGUUGCGGCUGCUGAAGGGCUGGCUGGAAUGACCCUGGAGAGCAGGAAGCACAAGAUGAUGUGUUCUGCCGGGCAGCCACCUAGGAGGACAGCCUGAUCCUUCACCCGAGUUCUGCUGGACAGCACAUCGCUGACCUGUGUGGCGCAUACAUGCCCAUGUAGGAGGGCAUGGCUGUAUAGAGCGAGGGUUGACAGUAACCACACUGGACCAAAGGACCUCUACAGAGAGACACACAGGUUCUCAUAUUACUGAAUUGUGUGGGAGAACAUUUAUGGGUGAUCCCUGUUGACAAAGAGACCAGUCAACACUCAAACACUGUGAAUUACUUUGAAAAGAGCGUGGCCUUUGCAGUGCAAACCUGUCCUAUGCUGCUCCCUACUCUCAGGGGAUGGCCGAGGUCCAGGAUGGACACACAUACACAUUUGACAGCUCUGCAAUGUUAGAGGAGAGCCAAGAUGGUAUGGACAGUGGUACCCUAAGUCCUGCCACACCUAGACAAGUCACCAUCCAGCGGCACCCUACUCAAGGCUUCGGCUUCAUUGCAGGCAGCCAAAGGCCCGUCAUUGUACGCUCUGUCUCUGCUGACGGACCUUCCUUUGGUAAGCUCCUCCCCGGAGAUCAGAUCUUGGCCAUUAACGAGGAGACGGUGAGCGACGCUCCCCGAGAGAGAGUCAUAGACCUUGAUGUGAUCUCCUCCCUGCAGGACCGCCUCUCACUGCGCUACAUUGAGCACUUUGCCUUGGUGCUAGAGGCAGGCGGUCUUGAACAGAGUCAAAAGUUACUUCUCCUGCAGGAAAACCAACCCCUGACGCACGUGGUGCAUAGAACAUAUUUCCAAGGAAUGAAGUGUCUGUUUCGCAUCUGCUUCUUCCCCAAGGAUCCAGCAGACCUGCUGAGACGGGACCCUGCUGCAUUUGAAUACCUCUACAUUCAGAAUCGCAAUGAUGUAAUCAAGGAGCGCUUUGGCAUGGACUGGAAAUCUGACAUCACAUUACGAUUGGCUGCUCUCCAUAUCUACAUCACUGUGUCCUCAGCAAGGCCCAAUCAGAAGAUCUCCCUCAAGCACGUAGAAAAGGAAUGGGGUCUCGAGCCUUUUCUUCCUCUCACUCUGCUCCCAACGGUCAAGGAGAAGAAUGUUUGCAAGAUUCUGUCACAGUUGUUGAAGACCUACCAGCAUCCGCCACCAUCAGGCAACAAGGUGCCUCCUCUCCAAGGAAAGCUGCAGUACUUACGUGUCCUCAAUGAUCUCCCACCUUUUGGAGGAAUACUGUUCAACACGGUUGGACUGGAUGAGAAACAAUCAGCCACAACACUAUUGGUGGGUCCUCGACAUGGCAUCAGUCAUGUGAUUGACCUGAAAAACAACCUCACAACAGUUCUGACUGAGUUCAGUAGGAUAUCGAAGAUCCAGCUUUAUCGAGAAAGCCAAGGGGUGGCUCGUGUGGAGGUGUCAAUACACGAGGGCAAGCCACUGGUGCUACUCAUGGAAUGGCCAGAUGCCAGUAAUUUUGCAUGCCUCAUUUCGGGCUACUACAAACUGUUUGUCGACCCCAAAAGGAACAUCUACUUCAGGAUCUCUGGUCAGUCUCAUUUGACCAAGACAGGGCUUAUUGUCCUGGCUGCCAUUACACCAGAAUCAUCGUUGGAUUCGGGCCAUGAGACCAAUUCCUCUGAACUGACAGAUGUUUCUGAGAUGGUCUCAGCAAUGAAGCAAAACCAAAACCAAGCCUACCUGCUAGCACACCAUAUUAGCAAGGAAAGUCGCCUCUCCCGCCGUGAUUUCCCCUUGGCUAUCCCUGGCUGUACAGCAAAGACAAUAGGGACGGGGGCAUUUUCUGUGGGUCAGAUCCGUGCUGGAUGUUCACCCAAGCAAGUAAUCCUCAGUAAGACUGUUCCCUUUAAAGUCAGCCCCAGUCCAGACUCUGGAAUUGUCGGUGUUGUGACAGAGCAGAGAGGCAAUCACGAUACCGUUCCCAUUGAACAGAAACUAGAAAUGAAAGCAAACUUUGCUUCUACUAAAGCAAAGAUCCCUGAUCCGCCAUCUAAAUCACCUGAAGAACUUAAAGUGUCUGAUGUUUCACCUUCAGUUCCAGUCACUAAAGAUCCAAAGUUAUCCAGUGCUUCAGGGGAGACACAGAGGCUAAAUCUUCUCAAUGGUGUAAAGGAGAAGUCAACACCACCUCUUCAUACAGACAAAGCCUUAUCUGUUCUCUUACCCGUAGACAGAAAUGCCUCAGCCAAGAUUCCCCAGACCAAUGAUAUGUGCCAAGAUGCCGAGACUGCCUCUAGCGAGACCAUGAAGCCUUCAAGCUCGACAGAAUUUCUGCCAAUCGAUGAUCUAUUCUGCACAUGCCCAGUGCAACAGGAACCUGGGUCCCAGUUAAGAAUUAAAGAUCCACAGGUUCAGAAAGUAGUGGUGUUUCAAACCUCAUCUCCUACAGAUGAUGAGCGUCUUCGAGAAAAAGGCCUCUUUAUGGCUAACUGCAAAGAAAAUACAGUUAGAGUGGGAAUAGAAUGUAGUUUGGCAAAACCUAGUCCUACAGUACAAACCAAGUACUCCCCUCAUUUGCCUCUAACAUCAGAAAGAAAAGAAGGAGCUGAAAGCAAGUUUGAUGGUGCCUUUGGCAAAUCUCACUCUGAAUCACAGAUAUGCGCCACAAAGUCAUUACCUAAUUUAGAAGACAAAACGCAGAGCCCCUCUUUAGAGAGAUUAUCUACUCUACCAACUAAAGAAUCAAAGAAAUUGGGCAGUGUAAAGGGGAAAUCCCAGCGCAGUGCCCCUUUUUUGAGCAUUAGAAAUUUACUUUCAGCGACGUUCCCAGCGAGAAUGAGAAGGGAAACAGAUGAGCGAAGGGCUCAACUGCAAAAGGUUCGUCAGUAUGAGUUGGAGUUCUUAGAAGAGCUUCUGAAACCCAAGUCCUCGAAGGGAGAAUUUUUGCCCCAAGGAUCCUCACCUGUACCCUCAGGGACUCCUUGUGCCUGUCAGCUACGUACCAGCCCUGUCCUAAAAGCACCAGGUAUCUCCAGGGAACAGCGACGCAGCUGUGACUGUAAGAGGAUGUGUAGGGGUAUGAGACUGCCUGAUACACCAGUUGGCUCUGCGGCAGAAACACAAAAUAGAGGCAGGGAGAGAACUACUGCAAAUACCCCUCCAACAGUCUCCAAAGCACCUCACAGUGAAGGUGCUACAAGGCAAUCUCAGAACUUAGAGGUCAAGACCGCACGGAUACGUUCCAUCAGCCUGGAGUCGAGGGAGCCAAGGGGAGAGCAUGGUACCUGCUUGCCCACCUGUACUUCACAAACAAACUUUGUGGAAACACCACAAAACAAGAAGCUCCAGAGGCGAUAUAGCAUUGGAGAGCUCGAUAACAGUACUAACACACCCGUUUAUGCAGAGGUAAAGCCCAAAACCAAGAGUCUUGAGAAAGAGAUGGAGCGAGUCAGAGCCACAGGAUUAAGACUGCCGACUCCGGUGGAGCCAGUUCACACACAGUCUCUUCAGGCAGACGGAAAGGGGAAAAAAGGUGUGUUUUAUAUUCAGAGUAAUGAGUUACUAUGUGAAAGUAAAGAAGAGAGCGGGGAGGUGCUGCUGACCUUGCCCAGUGAAGACAGUGAUGACAAGGAUAAAUGCUGUUCAUUCUGUUUCUGCUACCGGAAAUGUGAGGCAACAGAGGAGAGCAGUGAGAAGGACGAGCUCUCAUAUUCAGUACCCCUUCAGGUUCUUCCAGGCAUGGAGCUGGACUCGAGUACAUUUCCUGUUGUCAGCAAAACGCUGCAGGUUCUUAAUGCAGAAGACUUCAAUGGAGAGGAAGACACAGAGAAAGAGUCACAGGCACAAGAGAUUGAUUUAAGAGCUUGCGGUACACUGGAAGGAAGCCUGGCGCGGGUUGAGGCUCUACAGGGGAAAUCCUUCAGCUUACCUGAUGGCUUCCUAAACGCCCAGUUGGAUGCUAAUGAAUUACUGGCCAUCCUGCGACAGUGUGCUAACAGCCCGAAAGCCGAGGGUGAGGUUCAUCUUCAGCCCUCACGGAUUACAGAGUACAAGCAGGAACUGGCAGUACGCUUCAAAGAAUUCCGAGCAUCAUGUCGGCGAGUGGCAAGCGUGGAAAAAAGCCCAACUUGUAUGCUUGCUGUUGUCACAUCCAGCUUUCAAGUGCUGUGCGAUUUAACCCAGACCUUCAUCAAACUGGUCAGAGGGGUUCGCACAGAGACUCAAAGACAGCAGCUGUUGAGAAAAGUUGAGGAAGUAGCUAUUAACUAUACUUUGCUCCUUCGCGCAGCAGAAGAAUCGAUGGGACAUUCAAGCAGCCUGCCAACAAAAACAAUUUACCCUCAAGUGUCCUCCGACACCAAUAAGAUGAGCUCACUCACUCGACCCAUCAAAGUUCUUCCUGCCAAGUAAAGAUAACUCUGGCGGGAUUAUGAUCAAAUCUAAUACAAGAUCAUUAUAUAUUCAUUGUUUACAUUUUAACUGAAUGUGCAAUGCAUACUGUGGAUGCAGCUGUUCCAUCCCAUGUUUACAGGCCCCAAGGUAGCCUUGUGGAUAUUGCUCUGAAAUGUAAAGAUACACCAAACUAAUGCACAAAUGAAUAGAAUAGUGAAACAGGGCUAAUCACCCCAUCAGUAUAUUAUCAAAACAAAUGAGUCAAUAUAGUAUAAUAUUUUAUAUGUAGUGUAAAUUUGAGUUGUGUCUACUUAGAAAGUACGUAAUAUAACAUUUUGUGGAAAAAAAGAUGAUGGAUAUAUUUAAAAAGUAAUAAUUUUACAGAACUAAAUAUAAUUUAAAAAUAUAUAUGCUCUGGACAAAAGUAUUUGAGAUUUUGUCAAGUAGCGACUGCUGUAGAGUGCAUAGUUUAAAGCAGUGUUUGGUUAAAUGGUACUAUGUCGGUAUGGAGCUAAAUGUUGUAAUGAAAAUUUGACAUUGCUGUUGGCUAUGUUGGACAUGCUGUAGUUAGGACAUAAGUGACACUGCUGGACAAUGGAAAACACUCAGAGCCAAACGCAACAUAUAACACUUAGUCAUGCCGGCCUUGUUGGUAUGCACACCCCUGCAAUGGGUAUAUGUAGCAGAGAUCCAGGAAACACAUCUCCUCUGGACAAUAACAUCCUAUUGAGAAGGGGUACCCUCACGAUACUUAAUACAAGUGUAUUUAACACCAUUCUGCUUCAUAUGCCACCUGCAUCUUACUACUCACUUCUAAAAUAAGCCGGUUCAAUGUAAAUGGCUAUUCAGGCUUAAUUAAAGCAUACAACAUUUUUAGCGAUUGUGCAAAAUCACUGUAUACUGUAAAAUAUGAUAUAGUUUGAAACAAUCCCAUCCACAAGCAAUGGAAUAAGAUGAAUACUAUAACUUUGCACAGCUUCUGAAUUUAGAACUCAAGAAGAACUCAAGAUGAACUAUUGUGUAAUUCAAUGUUUUUUAUCCCAUCUUCUGCUUAAAUAUUCAUUUGAAUCUGCACAAGUUUUCCAUUAUUCUCAAAUCUAGAGCUUUCAUAGAAUCCCUUGUCACGUUACGUUGUCAGGCGCCGUAUAAACUUGCUUUCUGUGUGCUGUUUUACAUUGUGCAAUCUAGGAAGUAUAUAAGAAACACACAAAGUAGUUUUGUAUGUAUUUUAAUAAAACUAACACAUCCGCCCAGUGUCUGAAAUCUUCUUUGUGUCUCACCCUCUUGUUAUCACAAAUGAAUCAAAGAAACUCUUACAAGCUGUGCUGACUUACUGGACAAUGUUCAAAGUUCUGUGUAACAGAACUGUGACAGCCACGCUUCCGAAUUCUAAUCGGUACAAAAAUACGCAAAUAUAAAAAUAAAAAACACAAAAUAAUUAAAAGAUUAAUUAAUUAAAUUAAAAUUAAAAGAAUUACAAUCUGUACUUGUGUUAUGUGUUCCCUUUAUUUUCAUGACAGUGUUCAGAAAAUUACUACAGUAACCGUAGACAUUUAUUUUAUAAACUCAACAGCCUCCAAAUAUCCAAAUAUUUUUUUUCUAUGUACCCAUUGCUCACAAUGCAUAUACUAAGAAUUUGACAAAAUCAUGUUGGACAUGCGCUUUUUUCACAGCGUGUCCAUUACUGUUGUUGCGGAUUUUUUCAUAAACAUAUACUGUCCUGUUUCAUUGCUCUUCGUCAGUUCACUUCCCCUUGGGAACUGUUUUUUAUUGGAGGUUUUUGCAUUCUACAGUGGAAAACAACGAAGACUGUGGCGAUAUGUAAAAAUUUGAUUCUGUAUAGAGAUGAACUGCUCCACAUUCUAAAUGUAAAUAUUAAGACAGUGAUAAGAAAUGCUUGACAAACACUGGAUAAGAUUUAGCUUUUAGAUUUUGUACCAAUUUCAAAUAAUAAUGUACCAUACUGGCAAAAUAGAAAGCCACAUUUAAAAGAGUAUCGUCAAUUAAAAAGCAUGAAACUUUCAAUCAUUUAUUUUUAUAAAUACAAACAUACCUGUCAAUGAUCUUGGCAAUAUGAUGAACAUCAUUGUUUUGCUUUGUGUCACUGUCAUUCACUCAAAAAGGCCCCUGUGGUGAAAUUCAUUGCUUUGUUGUUGUUUUUAUAGGUACCUAUUCAUUCCUGUCUUAGUU